UCCACCUCCUGGACCAACUUCGCGGUGUUACAGCUGUCAAUCAAACAAACGGCGCCAACGUUAGCCCACGAAGUCCCUACAACCGCGCAACCUUAAACAUGGAGCAGUUUGUUUCGACGGUGACAUGUUUCACAGAAAACCUUCUGCACAAACAGUCAACAGAUUACGAUGAGGUGAUAGAGAAAUUGUUCUCUGAGGUCUCUGCCCUGAAGGGGUUCCCCAAAAUACCAGAUCCACAGCUUGAGGAAUGUGCCAUACAGCUGUGGAACUGGGCAGUUACUAAGAAUGUGGGCCGCACUAUAAGCACAACUCAAAAAGCAAAAGUGCGUCAUGUCGCAUGCAGUCUGCUGAUCUGCUCUGAGCCUGAGAAUCCAACAGAGGGCGUCAUUCGAAAGCAGAUCUUGAUGGCCAGCAAAACGGGGAGAACCUGGCUGGACUGCAAGAAUCCCCAGAUGGCAGAUAAUUUCUUAAGAUUUGCUGUAAAGAGCCUGGAAACUCUCUAUGGCCAACUAACGUCCAGAGGUGACGCAGCAUCCGACAAAGCUUCAUCUAAAGGGGACGUGGAGAAGGAUCUGCUCCGCGUUCUCUCCUGCCAGGCAGAGUCGGCCUUAUGUCGAGGGAGUAACCAGGAGGCUGUGGUCUACAUGCAGCGCUGUAAAGACAUGCUGCUGCGACUGCCAAAAGAUACGGCGUACCUCUCCCUUAUGUGCUAUAACUUUGGAAUAGACACUUACAAUCUGAGAAAGUUUGAGGAAAGUGCAUUUUGGCUGAGCCAAAGCUAUGAAAUUGGGAAAAUGAAUGUGAAAUACGCCCCUGGAUCUGAAGUUCAGGCCAAAGUGUUGAGGCUCCUUGCCAUUGUGUAUUUAGAGUGGGACUGUCAGAAGUUUCAGGAGAAGGCUCUUAAUGCUGUCAGCUUGGCCAACAAGGAAUGUGUGAGCGCCUCUGGGCUGUACUUAAAGAUCAGGAUACUGCUGAGAUGUGGGGCCUCUGACGAUCAUAUCAGAGCAGGUCUUAAUGAGAUGCUGGAAUCAAAGGUUUCUCUUGAACUGUGUCUGAGCACCGUGAGGCUACUCAUGUCUGAAGACAGAGAAACGUUGGCAUUUGAGUAUUUGAAACGUGUUUGUCAGCACUUUGAGGCGUUCCCUGACCUGGGAACUGCUCUUGUCUUGCACAUUGAGCUGCUGCUGCAGAGAGGCAAGGAGCUGUUGGGCAAACAGAAGAUAGAGGACGCCAUCACCGGCCACUAUACAGGAAAGCAGCUGUCUCCACAGGCGCUCACAAGUCUACAUGUCAUGCUGUGGGAUAAAGCGUCCAAACACUUUGAGGCCAGAAACUACUCUGAGGCUCUUCAGUGGUACAACUACUCCCUGAGCUUCUACAAGGCAGGUCAAAUAGAGCCCAACUCGGCCAAACUACAGAGGAACAGAGCUUCCUGUUUCCUGCAGCUGAAGCAACUGGAAAAGGCUAAGGAAGCGAUUAAGGAAGCAGAGAGAAGUGAUCCUGACAGCAUUUUCACUCAGUUCAGUGUUUACAAGAUUGCAGUGCUGGAGAACAAUGUGGAGAAAGCUGCAGAGGCAGUACAUGCGAUAGGACUUCUGUCCAGGAGUCCUGUUGCUAGGGAGGACGGACUGCUGGUGUCAGAGAAGGCUGCUUCCCAGCUUCUCAGUCUGGCCGCUCAAAUUGCUUUGGAGAAUGAACAGCAGGAAACUGCCAUGAAGGCGCUGGAGAGCUUGUGUGAAAACUCCGAGGAUGGAGCUCAGGUUCUGACUGCUCUCAGGUGCUUGGUUCGACUCGUGCUCUCUACAAUAGAGGGAUCCAGCGAUGAGAUGAGGAAUGGCACUCUGGAUGUGCUGCUGCCGUAUCUGAGAAAGGCUCUGGAGAAAGUUUCACGCCAGUGUCGCUUGACUGUUGAGCAACGCACAGAGGAAGCAAACUGGUUCAGGAAGAUCGCGUGGAACUCGGCUCUGCAGUGCGAGAGCAGUCCGGACAGGAUGAGGGAUUUCUUUGUGCUCUCUUACCAGCUCUCGCUGCUGUGCCCCCCCGAUCGCACGCUGCUCAUGGGCCAGAAGACGUGUCUGCUGAUGGCCGCCGCCGCCUCUUUGGAGCUCUGCAGGAAGUCUCUUCCCUCGGCCCAGGCCGAGCAGCUCACUCAGGCUCUGGAGUACACUCACAUCUGUGGGGAGGUGUGGAAAACCCUGAAAGCGUCAGGAAGCUCCCCGAUGGACCCCACAGACACACUGCUGCUGCUGUAUGAAUUUGAGGCUCGAGCUAAGCUGAACGACCCAAAGGUGGAGACGGUACUGGAGUCCGUCUUGGAGCUGGACAAUGUUGAAACCAAGGUGCUGGAGACGAUUGCAGCCUUAGCCAUGGAGCCUCCGGCCCACUUCCCUCUGCUUUGUAAGAAGGCCCUGAGGGUCGCUCUCUCUCUGCACAAAAAGCAACCACAGCCGGACCUGGCAAGCUGCAGUAAGUGUGUUCACAGCCUGAUCAAGCUGUCCCUCCCGAGCGGCGUGUCCGAGGUGGAGGCCCGUGUGCUCGAGGAGGUGUGGGACUACUACGAGGAGGCGCUGUCCAUCAUAACAACCGCACCGGACGACUUCCCGGAGAUGGAGACCCUGUGGCUGCUAACUCGGGCUUGGAACACGGGGAUUCUGCUGUACAGCCUGGCUCAGUACCCCGAGGCCGAGAGGUGGUGUGGUCUCGCCAUGGCCUUCAUCCGCCACCUCAGAUCGCUGCAGGACAGUUACCAGACGCAGAUGUCUGGUCUCUACAGUGAAAUACUGGACAGGUUGGACAAGGCCAAGAAGAACCUCAUGGAGGAAUAAUCAAAUUGGGACAUUUCGGCCCGCUGUUGACAGCUUGUUCUAAUUUAAAAAUUGUUUCGGUUCCAACAGUUUCUUGCCGUUAAAUGUUAUAAUUAUAGUGGCAAAUUGUUCUAACGGAUAUUUAAGUUUGAGAAAGUGGUGCCUUGAAUCUGUUUAAUUUUGGGAUGUC